AUGAAAGCUGCACGUGUGUGUUACAGCGUAAAGCGUCUAGAAGUGUCAUGGCAGCUUCAGGUCUCUUUAAAACUCUGUUAUACACAGUCAACAAUCUCCUUCAACAACAGAAAUAUAAAACUGCUCUGGCGGUUGUUAAAGGUUUCAGGAAUGGAGCUGUAUAUGGUGCUAAAAUUCGUGCCCCUCAUGCCCUUGUCAUGACGUUUCUGUUCAGAAGUGGAAGUCUAAGAGAGAAGUUUAAAGCAAUCGCUAAGGCCACAUACACCCACUCCAGGAACUUGGCCUGCUUUGUGUUUACAUAUAAAGGGUUGCAGGGGAUCCAGCAGCACAUACAGGGCAAACAGCUUCAGUCUCACGCUUUCCUCGCUGCCUGUAUCGGAGGCUGGCUUGUAUUCGGAGAAAAUAACAACAUCAACAGCCAGAUAAAUAUGUACCUGCUGUCCAGAAUCCUCUUUGCUUUGUCUCGAUUGGCUGUGGAAAAGGGUUACAUCCCUCAACCCAAGAGAGAUCCUUUCCCAUUGUUUGCCACGCUGGUGUGGGGUAUUGUGCUUUGGCUGUUUGAGUAUCAUCCUCAUACACUUCAGCCUUCCCUUCAGUCAUCCAUGAAUUACCUGUACCAUGACAGCAACACCUGGCAUGAUAUUACAGACUUUCUCAUUUAUAACAAACCAAAAUCUAGAUGAACAUGAUAGUAUAUGGAAUUCGACAAAACAGUAGAGGUUUUCAUUUACUUAAUGAAAUGGUUUAAUUAUCACGCCUAUGGUACUGCACUUUGUAGCACAAAAGGAGGUGGACUGAAUUAGUUCUAAUGUUUGUACAUUGAGUAAAGCAUAGCAGAUGUAAUUCUUAGCACUGAACACUACAUUUACUCAUGAAAAUCAUAAGAACCUUUAUGAUUUAGAGUGAAUCUCACAAAAAACAUCCAGCUAUGCUUAAAAUAGUAAAGUAAUCUAACAUGAUUGUAUUGUAAUACUAUAGUUUUUUUUUUUGAGGGGGGGAGUCGUAAUGUAAUUCAUUUUGCCAGAGAUAUGACAAAAAGUGCUUUCUAGAAGAUAAAUGUGUGUUUCUGAAGCGAUAUGAGUUCAGGUGCAACUGUCAAAGGUGGUACUGUAUGCAUAGUUGACUGCUAUGAAUCUCCACUUUCUAUUGCAUUGACUGAAGUUGUCUAGCAGUCACACAAACAAUGAUUUACUUUUGUUGUUAAUAAUUAUUUUAUUAUGAGGGUCCAUUGUUUAUGUGAAAUUCUCACCACAACUGAACUGGGUGAGUUUAUCCAGAUUUAUAUUUUAAUUAAAUUAAGAGACAAUAGUGUAACAUAGUAAACUGAAAAUCAAGAGUACUAUUUACAGAGCUUAUUAACCAUGCAUUAUGUGGGUUUGGAUUUAAAGCGAGAAUGUGUCUUUCAAUAAAUAAAUACAGAAAAGAUUGUACAUGCAGUACUGUAUAGACA